AAUGGACGUACGGAAAUGAGGUACAAUGUCAACUGCCAUUCAACAAGAAACUUGGCAAACAAGCUUCCAAAGUCCGAAGUCGAAGCAUUUUCUAUGUCGUGGCGUGUCUUCCCACAUUAUGAGAUUUGUAAAUCUUCAGCGAGCUCACUGUUGCUCCGCUUCAUGGGGCAUAUUAGGAAUCUGAAAUCGAUUCCUACCCCACAUCCGCCUGGUUUCCGAUUCCGUCCAACCGAAGAACAGCUCUUAUGUUACUACCUUAGCAACAAGAACAACAGGGAGAGCCCAACGCACCAUAACCUUUCAGUUGUCGAUGUUCCACUCUUAGGCUCAGAUGUGAUUGAAGAGUUGGAUCUGUACAACUAUGACCCCUGUGACCUACCGGAGAUCGCGUGUUUUCCAUUUGGUGACGGCGGACGUAAGAAGCAUUGGUAUUGUUUUACUGCAAAGGCGACAAGUGACCGCGGGAAGCGGAAAACCAGAGGCGGCUUCUGGAAGAGCAGGGGACGGGCCCGGGAUGUUAUUGGAAAAGGAGUUUUAUUGGGGAAGAGGAAGACUUUUGUGUUUUACAGAGGGAAUUCGUUGAAAGCAGAGAAGUCUGGUUGGAUGAUGUAUGAGUAUGCCCUUGUUGAUCAUCUGAAGGACUCCUUUGUUUUGUGCCGAAUUUUUUUAAGAUCUUGUAAUGGAAAUAAAAUAUCCAAGCAUGUCCAAACUUGUUAUGCUGAAGAAAACAUUGCUGCAACGCAUGAUGCGGGAACCAGUGUUACUUUCAAACAACAUGAUACAGCCUCAACAUCUGACAUUUGUGAAUUUCCAUUGCAUGAGAAGACAUCCAUUGACAUCAACAAUGGAAUCCAUAGAUGCCAGAUGAAAGCAAUCAGCAAACUAGAUGAUCUGGUUGUGGCCCAACAAAUUUCUGAUGGAUUUCAGUUCCCUGUAUUUGUUCCACAGUGUGAUGAGCGUGAGCAGGUCAGAUCGUACAAUGCCACCAUUGCUGGUAGUACUAGAGUUGGUGGUACCAUUGCAGAUGAGUUAAUAACCAAUUCUGUGAUUUUAGAUGGGGAUUUCAUAGAGUUAAAUGAUCUCGUCUGUCCUCUUUCAGACAUUGAUUCCCUGGGUUAACUAAAAGGAACUAUUUUCCAAGAGAUUUAUGGUGAUUGAAUUGUGACACUAGUAAAAUUAUUGCCCAAUGUCCCUAUUUGUAGAGGGGAAGAGAAGAAAGCAAAAUCAUUUGAAAAACAAGAAAAUGUACAGAAGAAAGAAGGGGGGAAAUGAGCAUGCUGCCAGUUUUGCUGUGGACAAGUGUUUCUGGCAGAAUGAGCCCACUUGUGAAGGUACCUCAUUCUGGUGGAUAAGAGCAAGAUCCCCCUGCGGUUAAUAUUGGGAAAUCUUGAACGAAAAGCAUUGAUAUUAUCAAACCAAAACUUCUAUCAGCCGAAUGAGUUUCAGUUAUUCCCUUAACGAUGGAGGUUUACCUGGUCACUUUUAUAUAGUUUUAUUGGAAAUCCCGAUAUUCCUCCACCAAUACUCUUUUAUUACUUUUCUAUUUCUCAGCCAUCUAUGUGCUCUCUCAACCCUUUGAUUGCUAUAUUUAUAGUUUGUGAAACUUGCUAGUUAUUGCUUUUGUUAGA